AUGCGAGCAGAAACUUCUACUCGCCCCAGGUACUGCAUACAACCCCACCUCCCGGCGGCGAGCUUGCGGAACAGUCUCACUACUGUUAAACGCAUACGGACAACGUCAGAACCACCAUCACCAGCAUAUUCUCCACCAGAGGAGGUUGCGUAUAGAGAUAUUGGGGGAUACUUUUGGCAGAUGAUGGACCCAGCGGUAGAUCGAAGUAGUUCAAGCACAGACUCAAAUGGAACCAAGAUUCAAGAUACCGAGCUUAUCCCACUACCGAGAGCCGCCGCUUCAGCAACCACCCCCACUGACAAUUCCCCAACACUAGAGACUCACAUAGGCAUCAACUUGGUGCCACCGUUGAAUUUUUCCUUAGUUGAGGAUGGUAUCUACCGCUCUGGCUUCCCUAUGCCGAUAAACUAUCCCUUUCUACAGCAGGUAAACCUCAAGACCAUCAUAUAUCUCGGCGACUUGGGCCACCAAGACCACGAGAGCCCUAGCUCGUCCGACAACAGCAACAAGAAGAAAAAGAAGAAGAAAAAGGAUAAGGACGGCUCUGUUGACAUCUUGAACCAAUACAUCGAAUGGAUCGAGUCUCAAGAAACGAUAACCUUCCAUAAUUUGCAAGUUGAGUCGCUGCAGGAACCGUUCAACAAACCCGAGGAACAGGAACAAACGUUGCAGAGUCUAACUACUGCCUUGCAGUUGAUUCUAGACAAGUCCAACUACCCGAUAUUGAUCCAUUCCAACAAGGGCAAACAUCGAACUGGGUUGCUAGUGGGGCUAAUGAGGAAUCUAUUGCAGGGCUGGUGCCUCAGUGGUAUAUUUGAAGAGUACGAAAAAUUUGCCAUGGGCAAGUUCGAGUACGAUUUGGAGUUGAUUGAGAUUUGGCAGCCUGAAUUAUGGGUUGAUGAUUCGAAAAAGCCCAAUUUCGUGAGAAUAUGA